CUUAUAGUAGGCCAUGCGAUAUCCAAGGCACGACCCCACAUCAGCUCCCCAAUUACACCAUUGUGAGAGACUCAAGUCCAAUACCUUACAGUAGGAUGUGUGUCAUUACAAGGCACGAACCCCACAUCAACUCCCACAACUUAACCAAUAUGAAACUCAAGUCUCAAACCUUAUAGUAGGCUAUGCGACAUCCAAGGCACAAACCCCACAUCAGCUCCCACAAUUUAACCAACGUGAGACUCAAGUCUCAUACCUUAUAGUAGGCUAUGCAACAUCCAAGGCACGAACCCCACAUCAACUCCCAGAAUUUAACCAACGCGAGACUCAAGUCUCAUACCUUACACUAGGAUGUACGCCAUCCAGGCACGACCCGACCCCACAUCAACUCCUCAAGUCCCAUUUGCAAAUAGCAUCAUAACAUGUAAGAUUUUUUGGGGCCAAAUUUCAAAGAUUGGACCUUUAUCCCCAUAUUAUCUUGUACACUUAUCAAAUUAGAACACAAAACAAUGACACUCUCUUUACCUAUCACUAUCCUCCACUUUCUCCCAAACUCAGAUCCCCCUUACAAACUCCUUCAAACUCAUCCAUCUUUUUCCCUCCUAUCCAAAUGCAAAAACAUGGAAGAUUUCAAGAAAGUUCAUACCCAUUUCAUCAAAUUUGGUUUACACAAUACCCAAUUUGCACUAAGCAAAUUACUUGAAUUUUGUGUCACUAAUCCAUAUGGAGAUUUCUCAUAUGCUUUAUCAAUCUUUAAUUCUACUGAUGACCCUAAUCACGUUAUGUAUAACAUGAUAAUUAGAGGAUAUUCAUUGAGUUCAUCUCCCAGUUUCGCUAUUGAUUUCUAUGAAAAAUUGCUUUUUUCGGGUAAUAAACCGAAUUCGUUUACAUUUCCGUUUCUUUUUAAAUCUUGUGCGAAAAUAAUGGAUACCCAGAUGGGGAAAAUGAUUCAUGGACAUGUUUUUAAGCUUGGGUUGAUGACUGAUGUUUAUGUACAUGCUUCACUUAUCAAUAUGUAUGCUCAAAAUGGUGAAAUGGAUGAUGCAAGAUUGGUGUUUGAUAAAAGUUCUAACAGAGAUGCUGUGUCGUUUACGGCAUUGAUUAAUGGGUAUGCGUUGAAGGGACGUGUCGGUGAUGCUCGGGAACUGUUUGAUGAAAUGCCUGUGAGAGAUGUUGUUUCGUGGAAUGCGAUGAUUUCGGGGUAUGCUCAGGUGGGACGGUUUGAGGAGGCCUUGGUGUUGUUUGAGGAGAUGAGAAAUGUGAAUGUGGAACCUUCGGUGAGCACGUUGUUGAGUGUUCUAUCUGCGUGUGCACGUGUAGGUGAACUUAAAUUGGGGAAUUGGGUGAGAUCAUGGAUUGAAGAUCACGGACUUGGUUUGAAUAUUCGUCUUGUUAAUGCACUUAUUGAUAUGUACUCAAAAUGUGGUGAUGUGAAGACGGCUAGGGUGUUAUUCGAGGGUCUAGAGGAGAAAGAUCUCGUGUCGUGGAAUGUUAUGAUUGGGGGUUAUACACAUUCUGGCUAUUACAAAGAUGCAUUGGCUGUUUUUCAUCGAAUGCAGCAAGAAGUUAUCGAUCCUAAUGAUAUUACAUUGUUGAGCAUCCUUCCAGCUUGUGCACAUUUAGGUGCUCUAGAUCUUGGUAAGUGGAUACAUGUCUAUAUUGACAAGCAUUAUCAACACUUACAAAACACUUCUCUAUGGACUAGUCUGAUAAAUAUGUAUGCAAAAUGUGGAGCCAUCGCAGCAGCAAAACAAGUCUUUCAGGGAAUGAGAACGAAAACUUUAGCUUCGUAUAAUGUGAUGAUCUCAGGGCUAGCAAUGCAUGGUGAUGCAUAUGAAGCUCUGGAGCUUUUCCGUAAAAUGACAGAGGAAGGAAUGAAGCCAGAUGAUAUAACAUUCGUUAGUGUUUUAUCAGCUUGCAAUCACGCUGGUUUAGUGGAUCUUGGUCGAGAAUAUUUUAAUACCAUGAUCCAAAGCUACAAGUACACACCAAAGUUGCAGCAUUAUGGAUGUAUGAUUGACCUUCUAGGACGAGCAGGCCAAUUCGAUGAAGCAAUGAACAUGAUCGAAAGCAUGGAGAUUAAACCCGAUGGUGCAAUAUGGGGUUCCUUGCUAGGUUCUUGUAGAAUCCACAAGAAUCUUGAGUUGGGUGAAUAUGCUGCCAAGAACUUAUUUAAACUAGAACCCGAGAAUCCUGGUGCUUAUGUACUCUUAUCCAACAUCUAUGCCGGUGCUGGAAAUUGGGACAAAGUAGCAUCAAUAAGAACUUUUUUAAAUGAUCAAGGAAUGAAGAAAGUUCCUGGUUGUACCUCCAUUGAGAUUGAUAGAGUAGUCCACGAGUUUCUUGUUAGUGAUAGAACACAUCAGCAAAGCAACGAGAUUUAUAAGAUGUUGGAUGAAGUCGAUAGGCUAUUGGAAAUGGCUGGCCAUGUUCCAGAUACAUCAGAGGUACAUUAUGAAAUGGAUGAGGAGUGGAAGGAAGAAAAACUAAAUCAACAUAGCGAGAAGUUGGCGAUUGCCUUUGGAUUAAUCAGCACAGAGCCAGGGACAACUCUGAGAAUUGUUAAGAACCUUAGAGUGUGUGGCAAUUGUCAUGAAGCCACGAAGAUGAUAUCGAAGAUAUUUAACAGGGAGAUCAUUGCAAGAGACAGGAAUCGAUUUCACCAUUUCAAAAACGGUUCUUGCUCGUGUUUAGACUAUUGGUGAACUGAUAAAGAUCAAGCAGAGUGGAUGGUUAAGUUCAUAGCCAGAAUGCUCUCAAGGUACUAUCAGUAGUUAUAUACACAAAUUUUGCCAAAUACUUUUUCUGUAAAGAUAUUACACUGUUUGAGAAAAGCGAGUUAAUCUCUGA